AUGGCCCACUCCUCAACGGCAGCAGACCUCAGCGUCUCCAACUUGUUCAACUUCAAGCAGCAUGUAGUCUUGAUUACUGGAGGCGCCACCGGCCUGGGAGAAAUGGCCGCGCAAGCUUUUGUACAGAAUGGCUCGCGAGUCAUCAUUGCGAGUCGGAAGAAGGGCGAACUUGAAAAGACCACCAGUAGACUCAACAGUCUUGGACCUGGAAAGUGCGAGUACGUCGUAGCGGAUCUGAAGGAUAAGGCAGGAUGUGAUGCCUUGGUAGCUGAGGUCAAGAAGAAGACUGAUCGCUUGACUGUGCUUGUCAACAACUCUGGUGCAACUUGGGGAGCACCAUACGACGACUUCCCAGAAUCAGGCUGGGACAAGCUGAUGGCACUUAAUGUUAAGGCCAUCUAUUACACCACGGUCGGCCUGCAUGGACUCUUAACCAAGGGCGCCACCGCAGACUUCCCUAACCGAGUCAUCAACAUCGCCAGUAUGGCGGGCAUAACCACCGUCGAUGUGACAGUGGGCGACGAAGGCGGACUUGCAGCACCCGGUUCUGGAACCUUCAGCUACGGUCCCAGCAAAGCGGCUUGCAUUCAUCUCUCCAGGACGCAAGCAUCUAAACUGAUGCCUCACCAUAUCACUGUCAACUGUAUCUGUCCAGGUGUCUUCCCGAGCCGCAUGACAGCCUACGGAUUCGAGACGGCUUUGGACACUUUGUCAGCAGGACAACCUAGUGGUAGAGUUGGAAAGCCAGAGGACUUCGCUGGUCUGGUUCUGUAUCUCUCCAGCUACGGUGCUGGCCAUGUCACUGGAAACGUCAUUGAGAUUGACGGAGGUAGCACAAGAAGUGGAUACCGAUCGAAGAAGAGAAAUGAGAAAUUGUAG